GACCUCAUUCGAUGCUAAAAUAAUCUGAGGCUAAACUGAUAUUUCAGACACCUGCCUGUUUUCUGCUCUGAUGCCAAGACCGGCACUGACAUCACGUUAUUUGACGCUUCGACGGCAAAGCGGACCGAGCAGAGACCUCGAAGUUGCUCCCCGCCGAAACCAUCGAGGGGCAAUUUGCGUCAACAACCAUCAGAGCGCAUCGCGCAGUGGCCCUCUAGUGGCCCUUCGUGAUUAUCAAGCAUCCAUUCCGAUAAUAUUCAACUUUGCAGGACGAUAGGCUGGAUGAUCUUCCAAUCAAAGACCAGGCUGGAGUCAUUCUUGAGGUCUAGGCUCUAGCUUGUCAAGAUUGGGCUUACUGGAAGUAAUUGACGACACUACGAAUUCUCAUCUUCAUUUCAUGAUUGUCCUAUCCCGGACAAGGACACAAAUCUAUCCAACUACGAGAUAUGUCGUCCUCUGCGGGACAGACGAUUCGUAACUUCAGCAAGUCCACCGAAUAUUCUUCGAGCAUUUCGACGUCCUCGGCUUCCUUCCAAGGAACAGCUAGUUCCGUCGAGAGUGGUCCGCAAAGACGAUCGGGAGGUAACAAUAGUUUUGGUGCAGGGUCAAUAACAAGAAAUACGUCGGCUGCAAGAAACAAUCAACCGCGAAAGGGUCAACACAGGAAGCAUCAUCGUCCCAACUUGGUGAACGAGGAUGCGUAUGCAGAAUCCGCCAUCAUGAGAUCUACCACCAGCCGAAAGGGUCAGACGUCGAUCACCCAUCUUAUGAACUUCUCCUUACCUCCCCGCCCUCAGUAUCAUCCCAGUUCACAUCGUCCACGUCGGAAUCCAACCUGGGGAAUGGGAUCAGGCUACCACGCUAUCGACAAAGCUCGAUAUGUCCAUGCCAAUUAUCGGUUCAUAGUAAAUCCUCGAAGAAAUUACCACGCGCAAGCGGCAAAUGCGGAUGUCCAUCUAGAUUGGGACUCGGUGCUCCAGGUGUUGGCAUCUGAACAAACACAAGCUGCAAGCUGCCCAAUUUGCCUUGGCAUGCCUGUCGCUCCUCGAAUGGCGAAAUGCGGACAUAUAUUCUGCUAUCCGUGUCUUAUUCGGUACAUGCACUCUACUGACGACGAUGCCUCGUUACCAGAGAAAAAAGCACGUUGGAAGAAAUGUCCCAUCUGUUGGGAUACUAUAUACGUUUCGGACACGCGACCGGUGCGAUGGUUCGUUGAGCAGCAAACCAAUACCCCUGUUGAAGGUGGUGAUGUUGUUUUACGUUUAGUAAAGAGAAAUCCCGGAAGGACAUUGGCAUUACCCCGUGAUGGAGCGGAGGAACUGAAUCCACAAGAUGAUAUUCCGUGGUAUCAUGCAGCUGAAGUUGCUGACUACGCACGGAUUAUGAAAGGUGGCGAAGAUUAUAUGGUAUCUCAGUACGACGAUGAAAUUGAACUUUUGAUUCAGCAAAGACAGGAAGAUGAGCUUCUCUUUGGCGACGAUUCGACCUGGGUUCAGAAGGCAAUCAACAGUAUUAAUGAAGCCCGAGAAAAAGUCAGGGGCUUAGGAAACCCACCACCUAUUGCUCGUGCCGAGAAGAAGCGAGCUUAUGAUCUACCACUUGAAGAUUUGGUACAGCAACCGAAUCCUGACAACAGCAACAGUACGGUAUCUAAUGUGACUACAUCUGCUACGUCUGAUAUUGUUGACGAAGUGGCUGCUGGCGUGGAUGUUGUGAAUCUCAACGGGAACGAUCAUCCUGAAUCACGAAAAAAAGAUAAGAAAUCCGUAACCCAGGCCAAAGCGCCCGCAAACCGGGACAACACAGGAACCAACACUGAGCAGCCAUACUACUUCUAUCAGUGCCUACCUCAUUUCUACCUUUCCGCUCUCGACAUACGAAUCCUCAAAGCCGCCUUUGGUGACUAUUCAUCAUUCCCAGCUACCAUCCUCCCUCGUGUCGAACACAUAUCAACUGGUCAUAUCGUAGAUGAUGAGUUGAGAAAACGAGCCAAAUACCUGGGUCAUUUGCCGUACGGCUGCGAAGUGAGUUUCUUGGAAUGCGACUGGACCGACGUCGUCGUCCCCGAAGUCCUAGAACGAUUCCGACUCGAAAUAAACAAACGCAGACAACGCAAUCGCGACAAAGAAGCACGCGAAGAAAAAGACAGAAUAAGAGCAGAAAAAGAAGAAGAAGAGAAGCGAUGGGAAGCCGCGCGUCGUAAAAGACCCAGUUUCGGAUUCAGUGCUAGCGAACGCCCAUUCUCAGAUCAAGACUUUUUACCCUUGAAUAGCGAAUCAGCAGCAACCCUAGACAGCACGGAAUUCGCAGGCGCAAACUCCCCACCCAACAAUAGCCACAUGAUAACUUCCCGUUUCGAAGCUCUCGCAUCACCAUCUACAAGUCCCCCCGUCGCGCGCACAGUAUGGGGUACCGCAGCCGUACAAUCCGAUCCUGACGAACAACAACAACCACUCCACCGCACCGGUCCCAUCAAUGAUGGCUGGCUACAAGGCUGGGAGGAAGAUUUACUAGGUCAGCAAGAAGCUGAAUUACUUGCCCAAACAGCUGCUGAAUCAUCUUCUACAUCUGCUAAUCCUGGCGGUGGCGGUGGGCGAAAGAAGAAGAAUAAAAAAAUUACGUUGAUGUCUACUAAUAUUCAGAGAGGUGCUUAAGUAGCUUCUCUUGCGGGUGUAUAUUUCUUUUUUCUUUCUUUUUUCUCUAAUGGAUUUUGUUGAUUAGAAAGCGCAACGGAGUUUGAGUUGAGUGGUCACCUAAUGCAUGGAUACAUACACAUACAUGACUACAAGAUUCUGAUUGCAAUGGAUGCGAACUCAAGAUGGCUACGUAUAGAGGUAGCUACUUUGAGAGAUUCAUAAUCAUUUGACUUUCAGCUCAUUCGC